AUGAACGGUGCUAAAAUCUAUGUCGGCAAUCUCUCGUGGAACACCAAUGAUGAUACGCUGCGAAACGUUUUCAGUCAAUAUGGCAAUGUCCUCGACGUGCGUCGGUCUUCUGAUCCUGCCGAUCACAUCUUGACACAUAUCUUUGUAGAGUAUCGUCAUGCGCGACCGCGAGACCGGUCGUUCCCGCGGAUUCGGCUUUGUGACCUAGCUACCCAGGACGAGGCUACUGGUGCUAUUGCUACCGCCAACGGAAUUGACCUCGAUGGGCGCCAAAUUAAAGUCAAUCUUGCCAACGCUCGUGGGAGCGGGGGAGCAGGUGGCCCAGGCGGACCUGGGGCCAUGUAUCCUCCGCAGCCUGGAUUUGGAGCUCCGUAUGGCGGUGCUGGAUUUGGCGGAUACCAGCCUCCCCAAGGAAAUGCCGGUUUUGGAGGCUUCAAUCAAGGUCCUGCUGGCUACGGCGCACCGCCUAACCAGUUCCCGCCCAACCAAGGCGGGUACCCUGGCCAAUAUUAG